GACAAAUCUAACCUUUCAAGACACGCGUCGUCGUGAAUGACUGGAUUUAAUGUGACGGUACAUCUUAAGCUCCAGUCAUCCAUCACUUAGUUAUCUAAAGACUGGUAAUAAAACUAAUAAAUUACAGGGUGCGUACUUGUACCUGCUUAUUUGCUCAAUUUAAGCUUAGUACUUAAAUUGAGCAUACAGCUAUACAGUUUUCCUUCGACGUUUAUAGGAAAAGGGUGCCAUGACAUUGUCGGCUAUAUUAUGGUUUCAUUCCAAUUGCAUUAUUAAAGCAGAAUCUCCUUAUUGACAACUGACAAUAAUUAGAACAAUUUUAUUACCCCCUUUGGUUGAAAAUCGCAAAUACGUAUACAAGUAUAAGACGGUGCUUACAAUAAUGUGAACACUAAUUAAAUGCACAUUCAGUAGCAGAAGUACUAAGUAGCGAGCGAAAUAUUCAAAACUAAUUAAUGAAUAAUAGAUUCACCAUUGACGCUAACGCUCUUGUAUGGCACGUCUAAAAGCCUUCAAUUUAACAACCUCAUAUGCUUUCCGGGUUUAGAAAAGCGAGGCCUUUCGGCUUUAUUUUCAAAAAUUUUACGUUCCUAAAGGCCAAUUCGAGUUUUAGUGAUGUUUCUAGUUGGACGAAAAGUCACUUGACAGAUCAGUAUCAUAUCGGCAACAAAUCGAAUAACUAAAACUCGAAUUGGCCUGAAAGACGUUACCUAUUUCACCGAUUCCAUGUUAGUAUUUAACGUGUACUGGCAUUCGCUCUUUCAUUCAUAAGCUUAAAUGCUAAGACUCACGAGAGACGCUGAAUUGAAAAUAAAAAGAUGUCUUAUAAUUCAAUCAGGAACAAUAUCAAGAUCAGUUUUAUUGUGCAUUGGGUGCAUUUCCCCUGCCGUCUCUUACUCAUAUUAAAUAUAAUGGUUUUAAUAAAUACUUUUUUGUUCCAGGUAUGUUCCAUUGCUAGACUACUUACAGGCUACAUCUUAUUCUUCUUGUGUCCGUACGUAUACUUAUACAGAUGUGUGUUAAAAACUGCGUCACUACAAUACAAAGUUGGGACAGGACAGGUUCUUGUGUACUUGGCAAUCUCGUAACACAAGCAGAGGGGAAAGGUCCUUGAACUCCUUGUAAAAUAAGCCCAAGUUUUGGCUAAAAAUGCAAAUAGUUAACUAUAUAAACUAAAGGUUUGACCAGAUCUAGCGAAUAUAACGGGUUCGCGGUUUAAUUUACCUUUCCACCGAGGCGGAGAUAAGCGGAUAUGAAAUGAGAGGUGCGGGAAUUAGCCAAUAGCAUUGGUUAUAAUCGCUGUGUCCUGACAUCUUUGCUAUCUUAUUGGAUAGGCAACAAUGUUCACUAGAGCUGGACGCACCUUGAUAAAGCAACCCGUCAUAGAGAAGAUCCUUGAGCGGUAUCAGAUUCGAAAAACUGAAAUAAUAAUGAUAGGUUUUAGGUUCUUCUAAUCAACGGCAAUGCCAAGAAUAGUUCAUGUUAUUAACUAGGUACUAAAAAUAAUGAACUGAUUAUCAUUCUCAAGCCAUUAAUUACUCUUGACACACAUAUACGAUCUGAACUUGAAGGCAAAAUGGUGUUGCUAAAGGGCUGUGACAUAAUGUUAAUAUUGACACUGAAAAGUAUGUUAUUGUCUGACGCAGAACAAUUACAGAAGGAAGACCGUACUGUCCCUAGUAUAGAUAAUAUUACAAUUAUCUCGCCUAAUCAGACUGAACACAAUCAAACUAUUGUACCAUCAAAACUCGCCUUUAGAAGGCCCCCCACUUCAUUUGACGUACAGACGAGUGAUGGUUACUUACUGAAGAUAUUUAGAAUAUCCUCUGAAUUUAUCAAUGGAGACACAGAAUAUUGUCCAGUGCUACUUGUUCACGGGAUGUACCAGUCUUCGGACAGAUUUCUUAAACAAAAACAGGAUCAGAAUUUAGCUUACAAACUGCAGGAUCUCGGAUACGAUGUGUGGCUGUUUAACGCUCGUGGCAACAAAUAUAGCCGAAGACACGUCAAUUUAGACCCAGAAAAAAAUGCCUCCAUAUUUUCCAACUAUUCAUUCGAAGAAAUUGGCUAUUUUGACCUCGCUGCCACAGUGGACUUCAUACUCCCUACGACUGGAUUCAAGAAAUUGCAUUAUAUUAGUUAUGGCUUGGGUGGAACUUUCUUUUUAGUCUUAAAUUCUUUAUUGCCGUCGUACAAUGUUAAAUUUGAUAGGGCGUUUCUAAUGGCUCCGAUUGCUUAUAGCGGUCGCAUGCCUAACACCGCUCUUAAAAAGCAGUUGCUUCUUCACGAAAAACUUUACACCGAUCUUAAGAAAGCAGAAGUUUAUGAAUUAUUUCCAUAUUACGAUGAUGAGGACAACGUGCAAUUUACCUCAUCAAUGUGCUUGGGUUUGAAAAAGUAUGAAAUUAUUUGCAAUAAAAUGCAAAUUCAUAAGAUCAUGGAUCUAAAUGCUACCAAUAAUCGUAAAGAAGCUACGAGAGCCGGUUCUAUCAAGACUUUAAUUCAUUUUGCACAAAACGUCGAAAAGAAAGUAUUUCGCCGUUUUGAUUACGUAGAUAAUAAACUAAUCUACGGGUAUAGAGGACAUCCUCCUGAAUAUAGUUUACAGGCUGUUACUGUUCGUACUGUAAUAAUAUUUGCCCCAACCGACGAGAUGAUCGACGAAGAUGACAUUUAUGAAUUGGCAUCGAAUAUGACUAAUGCUAAACUCAGGAAAGUGGAGAGACCGGAAUUUAAACACGAUGACUUUAUCGCUGGGGAAGAAGUAAUGCAUGACGUUUACAACAGCAUUAUAGAAGAUUUGCCGGAGUAAGUGUGUUAUAUAUCUAUGUUCUAAUAGUCCGUCUACCUUCAACAGUAAAUUAAUACUGAGGACAGAAAAGCUAGGGAUUGCUGUCGAGGCAUUGUUGGAGCCGAAGUAGGCAAACCUUUUUUCCGGCGAGGCAUAUAAGAUAGUUUCCAGACAAUGAUAUGAAAAAAUAUAGUCUCAUUACCAAGUCGUGUGAGAUGUAGUCCAAACAGCAUUAAAAAAAAUUGGUGAUAGGUUUGAUUGUCCGAUCAUAAGGCACUGGACCGAGCAAUUUAAAAACUCAAUAUAUUAUAAAUUAGCAGGUCAAAAAUUAUACUUAUAAAUACUAACACAGGUUAAGAUAUUUUCUUGUAGCUCUAUGGAUACAUUGUUUUUCCGAAAUAAAGAAAUGUAUUAUUAUUAUUAUAAGUACCUGUUAGAAAAAAAGUUACCAAACAAUGCAAGGAAAUACGGUAAAAUAUAUUUUAAUAUUUGUUGACUUGUCUGAAAUAUCAAUAAUUUAGUACUACGGGGUAUUUAUUUAGUCACCUGCAAUAAUUUACGGGGUGAAUAUACAGGCCAUACUUAGUAACUUUUACUAUGGGACCAACCCAUGCUUAGUAUGACCUAUAUAUUCAGCCCAUAAAUUAUUGCGGGUGACCAAAUAAACGCCCUGUACAUCCUGAACCAAAACUAAAAAUGAACGGUAGUUUCAAUUUGAUCGCUGGGAUUGCUAUACUAAUCAUCGGUUUUAAUUGCACAAAGUUAAAAAAGUUAAAAGUAUGAGUAAAAUUAAGAAACUAGGGUUCAAGGAAUUAU